CUUCUCAUCUUCAAUUGAAAGAGCUCCCAUCCCCAACUCCGGUCUCGCUCUCCUUUCUUCCUCCAAGCGUCCAAUUCUCUCUAAAACCCUUAUCGAGGAAGCAAAAAGCAUGUGACUUUCUCUUGUUCCCUUUUCUCUUCUCUAUAUAGUCUCUCUGUUUUGCAGGUAAAAGAACCAACUUCAACACAAAUGGCUUCAUCACUCUCUCCCUCUCUUCCCACAAUCUUCUCCACCUUAAUCUCCAAACCCAACCACCGAUCUCAAACCCUACAGCUUUCCUUCUUCCCGAAGAAGCUUCCUUCUCUCUUCAUGGCGAGGUCAGCGGAUAAUGGGACGGGAGGGGCGGCGGCCUCGGCCGUGGUAGAGGAGAAGGUGGAAUCGAUGAAUUCUCCUGCUAAGAUUGAGGAGGUGAAGGAUACUGAGGAGUCUCUGAGUUCGAAUGGGGUUGCGGUUGAGAAUGCGGAGGUUUUGGCUUUCAAGGAUCCGAGAUGGGUUGGGGGGACAUGGGAUUUGACGCAGUUUAGUAAGGGUGGGGAGACUGAUUGGGAUGCGGUCAUCGAUGCAGAGGCUAGGAGAAGGAAAUGGCUUGAAGACAAUCCCGAGGCUUCGAGCACCGACGACCCUGUAGUUUUUGAUACUUCCAUCGUGCCCUGGUGGGCAUGGGUCAAAAGAUAUCACCUUCCCGAAGCCGAACUACUAAAUGGCCGUGCUGCUAUGAUUGGAUUCUUCAUGGCCUACUUUGUGGAUAGCCUUACCGGCGUCGGCCUUGUUGAUCAGAUGGGCAACUUCUUCUGCAAAAUCCUUCUAUUAAUUUCUGUAGGUGGAGUAAUGCUUAUAAGAAAGAAUGAAGAUAUUGAGAAGUUGAAGAAGCUCAUUGAGGAGACAACCUUUUAUGACAAGCAAUGGCAAGCUACUUGGCAGGAGGAUUAUAAGAGUGAUUCCAAGAAUUAGAAGCUCUACCAUGGGAAAUGGCAUUAAUGGUCUGUUUGAUGAAAGGAUGAUUGUAGGUCUACAGAACUCUAAUUUGAUAUUUCUUCUGGUUUUUUUUUUUUUUUUUCAUGUUGGCAUGUUAUUUAUUAUGAUUGUUUGUUUUAUAAUGUGUUAGUAAGGGUAUUUUAGACAUUAUACCAUCUAGCCUCUCUAUGUAUAUGAGAGAUUGGGUUUAGAAUGAAAGGAAUUAAUUAUGUUGGUUAAUAUCAGCUUU